GAUAGUCGGGGAACUCGACUAUAGCGUUCUCUCUUGUUUUCAUUUUUAUGUCAUACAACAAAACCCAACGGUUUUGGAGCAUGAUUUAUACUGCUGGAAAAAAAAUUAUUUUGGGGUCUAAUGAAUGUAUGAAUAGUUCCCAGUCCUCCUUUCAUGCUAUUACAUUAAAACAGAUGAGGUUUUCAUUUUACUUUUCUUUGGUCUAGUAAAAUUUUCUAAUAAAUUAUCAGCAAAAUAUAUUCAUGUAUUCAUUUAGCACUGCAAAAUAAAUGUAGCCUUUUUGUUUUAAGCAUACCAAAUUAAAAAGCACUUAUUAUACCAUUUUCCAAACUGUAUAAGGUAAUUUCAAAAUGAAUCUAUGAAUAAUUGUUAUAAUUAUUCAAGUAUUAAAUCAAGAUAAAAUGUUAUAAUGGAGUUUCUCGACUACUGGAUACCCGAUAGUCAGCUAGUGGCAGUGCAAGAUCGAAUUUCAAAUUUUGUUUAAAAAAUAAUACAAAAAUCAAAUAAUUUUGGAAAGAGGAUAUAAAAUGGUUGCCUCUUCAUAAAAAAUGAGCAAUGUACUCUACAUGCUUAUUUUUAACUUUUUAGCUUUUUCAAUGAUCCUGGUCAAGAAGAUACAUACUUCAUAGGGUCGGAAAGGCUUCUUUCUACCUGUUAAAUACGUUUCAUCAAAUUUAGUAUACCUCUUAACUCUGCGACUACAAAUUGCGGUAUACAAAUUGAGUCAUUGGCAAAAACAGUGGUUGAGACUUGUCUAGUAGUCGACAAGAUGGGCACCGUUUCAAACGUAUUAUAUUUAGUCCUAUAUUUCCGUAUUGCCCUCGAAAUUGGUUCUAUCAAUGCUUCCAGAUUUAAGUUUACCAACUUUAUUUGCGAUUCAGUGAAUGAAUCUUGGCUCUCCGUGCAUCAGUGUCGUUUAAAGGCAAUUCGAAGGGACACAACGACAUUGAGUUUUAAUGGAACUGUCCUAAAGACAGUCUCUAAGCUUCGAGUCCAUGCUCAAAUUUUCAAGCGGGCUAAUGGCUUUAAGCCGUGGCUUUACAACAUCACCUUUGAUGGUUGUCGAUUUUUGCGAAAACCCUAUGAAGCGCCAGUCGUACUUGUUUUUAAUCUGUUCAAAUCAUUUUCUAAUUUCAAUUUCACAUGUCCCUAUAUGGGUCCAGUACAUAUAAUGGGAUUCCAUCUUAUGGGAGAACAGAUUCCGGUGCCACUCCCAACUGGGGAAUACUUAAUACAGAUAAAGUGGUAUAUUGGUAAGGUACUUUUCCUAUCGACAGGCAUAUACUUUGCUUUUGAAGAGAACUUGUCAUCUUAUAAAUAGUCUUCCAAUAAAUUUUCAAUUUGUUAUCCAUGUAA